AUGGCUUCUCUCAUCCGCAUCGGUGUUGUCUUCUCAUUCCUCAUCGUCACCAUUCAAGCAGAACAGAUGCUCGCAUUUGCCCCCGUGACGGCCCUCGCUCGUUGGGAGGGCUUCAAUAGACGACAACUCUAUGGAGACUGCCCUGCCGCCUCCCAGACCUUAUGUCCCGAUCAUCUUGGUUGUUGCCCGAGGGGCGCCGCGUGCACAUAUUCUCGUGACAUCCCAGUUUGCGAUGAAUCAUGCAAUGGAGGGCCUUCCUGCCCCCGAGGCGGCUGUUGUCAACUUGGUUACGUUUGUGGGAUUACGAAUAACUUCUGUACACCUGCCCCGACCCCCCAUCCCAAACAAACGGAUCACAAGCAGGUUGAGGCACCUGCUACUAUUACUGGCUCUGCGUCCGUAGUUGAUCCUGGGGAACUACCGGUAAAACACAUCCCUAGUACUAUUCCAACAGAUGGCGCGGUAGAUUCUGUUCCAGCUACUCUCACGACAACUGCAUCAACCACAACUACGCCGCUACAGGCUGCACACGAACCACUUCAUUACCCCGAAUCGACUACUUCAAAGGCUAGCACGCCAAUCGUUGGAAUAUAUUCUUCUCAUCGUGUGGUUCCUGCUACCGCAACGGCUAGUACGGCCACUGCACGCGAUGGGUCAAACUUCGUCAGCAAAGCCAGCGGCUCGGAAACAAAAUCAUCCAGUCCAUCUACACAGGCAACCAGUUCCGGCGCGGGUUUCUUGUUAGUCAGUGGGACAAACGGCUUUUUGGUGGGGAUGAUAUUGGGAUGGCUUGUGUCUUACUGUGUCUUAAUAUAA